AUGCGUCUACCACUUCUGAAGCUGGUGGCUCUCGCCACGGCGGCGGCGGCUAGUGCAGGGCUUGAAUCAAAGCUGCCCCGUCGUGUGAAGGAGGUGAAGAAUGUCGCUAUCAUUGGUGCUGGUGCUGCCGGCACCUCAGCUGCAUAUUACUUGCGGAAAUUUGCCGAGGAAGAAGGCCUGGCCGUCAAUAUCACGGUUUUUGAAAAGACGGACCACAUUGGCGGUCGUACCAUCACCGUGAAUGCCUUCAACGACCCCAGGCAACGCGUGGAACUCGGGGCAUCCAUCUUCAUCAAAGACAACCACAUCAUGUACAAUGCUACUAAGAACUUCAACUUGUCGCCGACAGGGUUGACGGAGCCCCAACCUACUGACUACACAGCUAUUUGGGAUGGCGAGACGAUCCUCUUUAAGUCAGAGGCAGGCGCCUCGAAAUGGUGGGAUGCCGCGAGGCUGUUCUUGAAGUAUGGCCUGGUGCCGUAUCGAGCGGUGCGGCUGGUAAAGAGCUCCGUCGGGACUUUUCUUCGCCUUUACGACGCGCCUUAUUUUCCGUUCCGGUCGUUGACGCAGAGGGCCUUUGAACUGGGCUUGUUACGAUUGACUGGUGUUACCGCGGUUGCGAAUUCCCCCGUGCUGAUUCGUUCCGUUCCCAAGAUCAACCCAGACUUUGUGCGAGACCUCAUGCAGUCGGCUACGCGGGUCAAUUACGCCUCCAACAUGGCUUACAUCCACGGCUUGGAGGCAAUGUCGACCAGGUUGCUAAUCCAGCAGGUCUCGUUUUCUACCGACGGCGCCGUCGCCAUUGCUGGAGGCAAUUGGCAAAUCUUUGAGAAGCUUCUUCAGCACAGUGGUGCGGCCUACUAUCCCAAUACUUCUGUGGCCGCGCUCGCGUUCCAAAAGGGCACCGACAAGCCUGGUUCUGCUCCCAAGUACCUCGUUUCGACCAAGUCGUCUACUUCGAGGUCCAAGGCCAUGAUGUUGCCCACCGCCUUUGACAACGUUAUCCUUGCAUCGCCAUGGCAGUUCAGCGACAUUGAAGCGGCCCACGGCGUAAUCAAACAUCGCAUUGAUACGAUCCCUUAUAUGAAGCUCCAUGUCACUCUAUUUACCUCUCCCUUCCUGCUGCAGCCAAGCUUCUUCGGCCUCAAAGCAGGAACCAAGGCGCCGAGCAACGUCUACACAACUCUCGGCAAAGAUGAGGAAGCCCACGAGGGCCCCAAGGGAGUCGGCCGCACCGGCUUUUACUCCAUCAGCACCCUACGCACCGUCACGAAUCCCAGGACUCAGGGGAAGGAGUUCCUCUACAAAAUAUUCUCGGCGGAGCCAGUCAAUUCAACUUUUCUGUCUGACAUUCUCGGCACACCAGUCCCCCCCACCUUUAUAUCCAACGAAACCACAAGCGAAGUAGAGCCAAUCUCAUGGUACUACCCGCACUGGUUUUACUCGUACCCGAUCGAAUCCCCACGCGUCACGUUCCAGGAUCCCAUCGUCGGAAGAGGCCUGUACUACACCUCGGGCGUGGAGAGCUUCAUCUCAACCAUGGAGACCAGUGCCCUCAUGGGGAUGAACGUGGCGCGUCUCAUGGCGGAUGACUUUGCCGGCGUCACCCGCAGCAGAAGGGGAGAUAGAUUCGCCGGCGCGGGGGACACGCGGCCCAGGGCGCCGAGGGAAGACUUUUGGGAUAGCAUGGACAGCGAGAUGGGGGCUAGUAUGAACUUUCUGGGUGCGGAUGAACUUUAG